CUAAGCACACGCUAUAGAAUCGUUUCCCAAAAUCAAAAACUGGGAGAGAAUCAAUUUCACAAACACUACUAGUAGUGUCGAUCGAGAGAGACGAUAAUCGAGCAGAAAGAAAAAAAAGUAUGAUGAAAGGUGCGAUUGAGAUCGAAGAUUUUGAGGAAUCAGAUGAUUUCCUUCUGGAACUCGCCGCGAUAGAAGCAGAAGCAGAAGCGGCGCUCGCGAAACGCCCUAGGGUCGCUGCUGUCCCGGAGGGACCUUAUACGGCGGCUCUCAAGGGGAGCAAAAGCGAGCAGUGGCAGGUCAGCCCGCUCAAUCCCGCCUCCAAACCUCGCGGCGGUUUUCAAGGCGUCUCCGCGAAUUCCAACCCUGCCGGAAAUUAUGGAUCAGAGGCCGGCGAGCAGGAUUUUCCGGAGAAGAAUUGUCCCUGUGGAGUUGGUCUCUGCUUGAUCCUCACAUCAAACACUCAGAAGAAUCCAGGCCGAAGAUUCUACAAAUGCCCCACUAGAGAGGAAAACGGAGGUUGUGGGUUUUUCCAGUGGUGUGAUGCGGUUCAGUCUUCCGGAACUCAGCCAGGAGCAACUCAUAGUUAUGGAAACACUAACGAACCCAAGUUCCCGGAUCAUCAGUGUCCGUGCGGUGCUGGGUUGUGCCGAAUUCUCACUGCAAAAACAGGAGAAAACGUUGGUCGUCAGUUCUAUCGCUGUCCUGUAUUCGAGGGCUCUUGUGGUUUCUUCAAAUGGUGCAACGAUGUUUCAGUCAGCUCUCCUACAACGUAUAGCUUUACCAAAAACAGCAACUUGGGUGAAUCAGAUACCAGAGGAUACCAAACUUCAAAAACAGGCACACCCUGUUAUAAGUGUGGAAAGGAAGGACACUGGGCAAGAGAUUGCACUGCUCAAUCUGGUAAUCCCCUCUCUGAAACGGGACCGGUAAAGUCUUCCUCCGCAGCUGGAGAUUGCUAUAAAUGCGGAAAUCAAGGGCACUGGGCGAGAGACUGCACCGCUCAAUCUGGUAAUCUGAAGUCUGAAUCAGUGCAAGUGAAGCCUUCCUCUUCAGGUGGAGAUUGUUACAAAUGCGGGAAGCCUGGACACUGGGCGAGAGACUGCACUGGUCCAUCUGGUAAUCAACAGUUUCAAGCAGGGCAAGUAAAGCCUGCCUCCUCGGGUGGAGAAUGUUACAAAUGUGGAAAACCAGGACACUGGGCAAGGGAUUGCACUUUGGCUGUUCAAUCUACAAGCGUUGCAGGUAAUUAAAAGAUUCAUCAGUCUACAACAUUUUGAAAUGCCCACUCUGCUUCAAACAGCUCCAAUGUCUGAGUCUGAAACAUCAUCACGGUCUUCUUUGGUUUUCGCCUACUACGUCACUGGCCAUGGCUUUGGCCACGCCACUCGUGUCGUCGAGGUGGUUCGGCAUCUGAUAUCGUCUGGACAUCGAGUUCAUGUUGUCUCUGCUGCUCCAGAGUUUGUUUUCACCAUGGAGAUUCACUCACCCAAUCUCUCUAUCCGUAAGGUACUAUUGGACAGUGGAUCCGUACAAUCCGAUGCUUUAACCGUGGAUCGUCGUGCUUCCUUGGAGAAGUAUUGCGAGAUUGCGGUUGAACCUCGAGAGUCUAUCUUAGCCACGGAGGUUGAGUGGCUAAAGUCAAUCAAAGCCAACCUUGUGGUCUCAGAUGUUGUCCCCAUCGCUUGCCGAGCUGCAGCAAAUGCAGGAAUCCGCUCUGUUUGCGUCACCAACUUCAGUUGGGACUUUAUAUAUGCAGAAUAUGUGAUGGCAGCAGGACAUCAUCACCGAUCCAUUGUUUGGCAGAUAGCUGAGGAUUAUUCGCACUGCGAGUUUCUGAUUCGCCUCCCUGGAUACUGUCCUAUGCCAGCUUUUCAUGAUGUUAUUGAUAUUCCCCUUGUUGUGAGGCCAUUGCAUAAAACUAGAGAAGAGGUUAGGAGAGAGCUUGGAGUUCCAGAGAAUGUGAAACUACUCAUCUUUAACUUUGGUGGCCAACCAACUGGUUGGAAACUGAAGGAGGAAUAUCUUCCAGCUGGUUGGCUAUGCCUGGUAAUAUCGAGAUUAGGCAAAAUUGGAUAUGGAACCGUGAGUGAAGCACUUGCAUACAAGCUACGGUUCAUUUUUGUGCGAAGGGAUUACUUCAAUGAAGAACCAUUCUUGAGAAAGAUGCUUGAGUAUUACCAAGGAGGAGUUGAAAUUAUCAGAAGAGAUCUUCUUGCUGGCUGUUGGGCGCCUUAUCUCGAGCGUGCGGUUACAUUGAAACCUUGUUACGAUGGAGGUAUCGAUGGUGGCGAGGUGGCGGCUAAAAUACUUCAGGACACAGCAAUGGGGAAGAAGCGUUCUAAGCUCAAUCUUAGCGGCACGAGGAGACUCCGGGAUGCAAUAAUACUAGGUUUCCAGCUACAGAGAGCUCCAGGGAGAGAUCUUUCAGUUCCAGAAUGGUACCAAGUCGCUGGAAACGAAGAUGAGAUUUCUUCUGUUGACCAGACGCAGAGAUCCCCCAAGUUUGUAGAAGGGUUCGAGAUUCUUCAUGGAGAUCACCAUGGUCUUUCAGAUACAAUCGGUUUCUUGGAUAGUUUAGCGACAUUAGCUAAGAUAGGAGGGCAUCAUCAAGAAAGGGAGCAUUUAGCAGCUGCCGCACUUUUCAACUGGGAGGAGGAUAUUGUUGUGGCGAGAGCACCAGGUAGGCUUGAUGUAAUGGGAGGCAUUGCUGAUUACUCCGGAAGUCUUGUCUUGCUGAAGACGGGAAACCAAUAUCCUAUGAGAAAGCAAACCGUUACUUUUCCAGAGAUCCAUCUCAGAAGUUGGUGGGCAGCUUAUGUCGCAGGUACAAUCUUGGUACUAAUGAGAGAGAUGGAUGUUCGAUUUGAAGGCAGCAUUAGCAUACUGGUUUCUUCAACGGUUCCUGAAGGCAAAGGAGUAUCUUCCUCUGCUUCAGUUGAAGUUGCUACCAUGUCUGCUAUCGCUGCUGCUCACGGUCUUGAAAUAUCUCCGAGAGAUGUGGCUUUGCUUUGCCAAAAAGUGGAGAAUUAUGUUGUUGGAGCACCUUGUGGAGUGAUGGAUCAAAUGGCUUCUGCUUGUGGAGAAGCCAACAAGCUUCUUGCUAUGAUCUGUCAGCCUGCUGAGAUUCUAGGACUUGUUAAGAUACCUUCUCACAUUCGAGUCUGGGGAAUCGAUUCUGGAAUACGACACAGUGUUGGUGGUUCAGAUUAUGGUUCUGUGAGGAUAGGAGCUUUUAUUGGUAAGACAAUGAUAAGAUCUGUUGCAUCUUCUUCUUCUUAUGCUGCUGAAACCAAAGCAGAAGAGGCUGAAGAGGAGAGCUCGGAGUUGAUUGAAUCCGAUGCUUCUUUGGAUUACUUAUGCAACAUUUCACCUCAUAGAUUUCAAGCUCUUUACGCAAGUAUGCUCCCACAGUCUAUCACAGGAGAAGAAUUCAUCGAAAAGUAUGGUGAUCAUGGAGAUUCUGUCACAACCAUUGAUAGAAAAUGUACAUAUGACAUAAUGGCGCCGACUAAACAUCCAAUUUAUGAGAAUUUCCGUGUCCAGGCUUUUAAAGCAUUGUUGACAGCAACUCCUUCAGAAGAACAAGUCAUUGGUCUUGGGGAGCUUAUGUACCAGUGCCAUGACAGCUACAGCGCGUGUGGGCUUGGCUCUGAUGGUACAGACAGAUUAGUGAGAUUAGUACAGAACAUGGAGAAGUUGAAGCACUCUAAAACUGGGAACGGGACUCUCUACGGGGCCAAGAUCACAGGAGGUGGCAGCGGAGGAACAGUCUGUGUUAUUGGAAGGAGCAACUUGAGAAGCAGUGAACAGAUUCUUCAGAUUCAGAGAAAGUACAAGGAAGCAACAGGGUUUAUGCCGUAUGUGUUUGAAGGUUCAUCUCCUGGAGCUGGCAAGUUUGGAUAUUUGAAGAUUCGCAAGAACUCUGUUCCUCCUUCUACUUAACUUUUCUUUCUUUCUUUUAUCCUCUAAUUGUGUGACUGCUUCUGGUAACAUUUUGUUUUGUAAGCAUUUUGUUUCUUCUACACAUUGUGCUAAAACGGCUAUGCAGAAGCAAAAGAUUCAUUUUUAUAAUGUCCAGAGCUAUUUUUUUCCGAAAGGUGAAAGUGUUAAU